CUCCGCGAGGGCCUUAAGCUCGCGCGCAAGAUCGGUAACACGGCCCCGCUGAGUUCGUCCGUCGGUGACGAGGUCACCCCCCGCAGCGCUGUGCAGUCCAACGACGACUGGGACAAGUGGCUCGCGAACGCGAUCGGCACCAAGUUCCACCCCUCGUGCUCGUGCGCGAUGCUCCCGCAGGCGCAGGGCGGCGUCGUCGACGCCGACCUCAAGGUGUACGGCCUCGCGAACGUCCGCAUUGCCGACGCGUGCGUGUUCCCCAUCCAGCUCUCCGCCCAUCUCCAGGCUCCCGUCUACGGGCUCGCCGAACAGGCCUCGAAGAUC